AUGGCGAAUUACAGCCCCUCUUCAAAGACCCCGCUGAUGGAAGGUGUCAGAGUAGACAUGUUGAAAGUACUGGACCGUGGCGAUUCGCUCUACGAGCUGACACUGCGUUUCCCAGACAUAGCCAACGAGCUCAUUGCGGCGGGCAUGCCCAAACAACCUGACUGUACGAUUGCGCAGCUUCGGCUAGACCAUAGCAGUAACUGGGAAACGACAGAGGUUCUGCACAUCAUACCGCGCGAUCUCUUGCGUUCCAUUAUCAAGGGAACUGUGGCAAUGGAUUUCGGGCCGAACCGGCCUCACGACUACGACGAGGACUCUACUGCUGCAGGCAUCUACGUGAUUGCCGUCAGUAUCGACGGCGGCGACGGCAGGUUUCUGAACUGGUCGGAACUGGGCGAAUUGAUCAUGAUAUUACAAAACUAUGCAGACGUCUACACUCUUCACAAGAGAGGCACACCGAAGAAUAUGGCGGAGUUGGUAAAAAUCAGCGUUGCGAAAGAAAUCGACCUGGCUGUCAACGGACAAUGGACCGAUACCAAGACGCGCUUCAUUUGCAACGACACACAACAUCAGCACGUCCUGGCAUUCAUCGAGAACCUCCAACGGAGAAGGGCGCCAAUGUUCCCAGGGGUCGUUGAGGCGGCAGUACACCAAGAACAAUGUCCGCUUUACGUCGGCUGCUCUACGAAGCUCAACGGGAGGCUCCCCAAGUACAGCCUCUCGACAAACCUCGAUGGCAUCAACAACCUCCUUGGCCUAUUGAUCUCUGCACUAAGACACAUGGACUCGGAGCCAGCAAUCACUCGCAGAGUCGUCAUGAAGACGUGGAAGCGGUCCCAGCUGCCCGUUGCAGAGAGACUCGUCAGUGCCCUGGCACGCUCAUACGUCUGGCAAGACGGCCUCAAUAUCGCCGAGGGCGGUGCGAACGAAGACAUUCGAGACCGGAAGCAGUGCCUGCAGAACCUGCAAGAAGCAAAAGCCAUCCAAGAGAAGAACGUCAAGCUCGCUGUCGAGAUGGAAGAACACAUGCUCCAGAUCCAAAAGCUGGCCGAUGAGUGGAGCCAGGUCCUCCAACCCAAACUCGCCGAGAGGAAAAAUGAACUUGACAAAGCUAUCCGGGCAGUCGCAAACGCCAAGCCUUUAUGGGAAGAGCUCGACGACCUGACGAGACAAGUGGAAGACGCCUUCAAAAAGUUGGGCCUAGAAUAG